AUGAGUGAAGACCAGACAUCCGAUGACUCCCUCAGCUUCUCAAAUAUCAAUGAGGAUACUGACUACAAUCCUUUCAUUGCUGAUGGUUUGUUUGACCCAGAUUAUGAUCCACUGGCAGAUAGCAACAGCUCGGAGUUCCCUUCAUACACAUCAUCCCCCAUUCAACUUGCCAACACUCACCGUUUAAAGGAGAACCUAACAGGAAGUCCUGCAGCCAAAGUUCAAGCUAUCCUGGACUACAUGAAUUCAGUAGGCCUUGACUUACCAUUAUUUUUGGAUUUCCUUAGUUGGGGUGAUCAUGAGUCUAUCAUUGACACAAAAAUUCGGUAUGCAAGGACUUCGUUGAUGGUUAGUGCUGAGCUUCCAGGGAUUUUAAAGCGGUGGCACAAACCCCCACACACAAAAGAGACUCACAAUUCCCGUGCUCAUGGAGCACAACUGGUGCUCAAAGAAUUUUCCUUGUCAUGUGUUGCAGACAUACUUGAGGCUGAGCUGGAAUCCAUCAAGGACAUGUGCUAUUGUCCCCCAGAGGAUGUUUCAGAAGAAGGCCUGACAAGCCUUUACAUUGAAGACAUAUUGUUGAAACUGCGUAGUCCUGGUUUUGGAGGCACCCCAAAAUUCUGGGCCUUGCUUCAGCGACUCAACAAAACAGCUGCGCAAGAGAAAUGA